AUGCAGCUUCAAUUCAAGUCUACGGCCCUCCUGGCCGCUGCCCUGGCCACCGUUGCCUACGCCCAGAACACCGAGGCCACCGAUGUGGCCGCUCCCACUGAGAAUGGCGAGCCCAACUUCAGCUUGCCCUACUUCACCGACUCUGCUACUCCCCCCGGCGGUGUUACUCUGACCGAAAUCUCCGCUCCUCCCUCUGAAACCGCCACUGCGACUGCGACUGCCACCGAGUCCGGCGAGACUGCCAGCGUAACUGCCACCCAGACCUCCUCCGUGGCCACCGGCUCGACGGCCGUCAGCACCUCCACCGACGUUGUCUCUACCUCGACCGCCGUCUCGGGCUCGCAGACUGGCAGCAACUCUGCUAGCGCCACGGCUAGCGAGUCUGGCAGCGCGUCUGCCACCAACUCCGACUCAUCCGCCUCUCCCACAGGCGAGGCCUCGUCCACCAGCGGCGAAGAGUCUGGCUCGGGCACUGCCUCGGCUUCUGCCUCUGCUACCGAGACUGACUCUGGCGCGGCCGGUUUCGCCGACAAGAACUGGGCUCCUUGGAUGCUCGCCUGGGUUGCUGGUGUUGGUUUGGCGCUGUAAAUACGUUAGGUUGUGAUUUUGAUGUGAAUACUACUCCUACUACUGGUCGCCUUGUCAUGGUGGCUGUGAAAUGAUUGAUGGAUUUAAUUGGU